UAAAUAUUCUCGCGUACGGGGUAUACCGUGAUAUACCAGAAUAUAACUCAUGAUAUCACAGUAUUUAUACAUUUUCGAAUAACAAGUCUGCUAAUUGUGAUUUACUUUAAGAAGUUUCUGGUUUAUUUAAUUUAAAAGAUUAAUUUUAGUUGAGAAUAUGAAGCUGGUCCAGUUUAUGCUGAACAUAGGAAAAAUUAGGUUAGGAGUUCUGGACGGGGAUGACGUAAUCGAUUUAAACUCCCACGCCAACUGGGUACCGAUAGAUUUGGUGCGGUUUUUGCACGAACACGACUCCGCCUACGAGAAACUGAAAGAGGUUGCCCUAGAUCCCCAAAACAAACGUUACCCUUUGAACAAAGUACACUUACUACCCCCAAUUAAACGUCCCGAUAAAAUCUUGGGAAUUGGAUUAAACUACUCGGAUUACUGCGAGGAAAAUAAACUGGCGUUCCCGCGGGAACCGAUCGUUUUUUGCAAAUUCGCUUCGACGAUAAUCGGACCUUUUGAUCGGAUAAAACACCCCCUGUGCAGCAAGGCGGUGGACUGGGAAGUAGAACUAGUAGUAGUAAUCGGAAAAGUAGCGAGAAACGUGAAGGCAAUAGACGCGUUUGACUACAUCUUUGGUUAUACCGCCACUCAAGAUCUCACCGCCAAAGACUGGAUGAACAAAAACGGCGGACAGUACCUCUUGUGCAAGAACAUGGACCACUUCUGCCCCAUAGGGCCCGCCAUCGUCACCAAGGAUGAAAUCCCGCACCCCCAUAACCUUUCGGUGAAAACGUGGGUCAAUGGGGUCCUAAAACAGAACGGGAACACUCGGAACAUGAUUUUUAAGAUUGACCAGCUUAUUGAACACUUAUCCAGUGUAAUCACAUUAUUGCCCGGAGAUUUGAUAUGUACAGGCACCCCCGCAGGGGUGGGAUCUACAAGGGAUCCUCCCGAGUAUCUUCAGCCUGGGGACGUUCUCGAGAGCGAGGUGGAGGGAGUGGGAAGACUCAGGAACACUUUUACAGACUUUAAUGAUGAAAAACACUUAUAUCUGUAACACAUUUUUUUAAUAAAUAUACCACAAAAACCAGGUUUUUUGAUAAUAACUGAA